UGUUCAUGGUGGGUAAACAAGAGUGGAUAAGAAUAGCGCAAACAGUCCAGUAAGCGAAACAACAAAACAAGUGAAAUGGAGACGAGUUUGUCGUUAAAUGCACUAAUUAGAAUACCAAACUCAAAAUCUUGUUCAUCAUCACUGUUAGCUACAAGAAAUGAAGAGAAUGGGCUGAUCAGGUGCUCAUUCAUUGUUACCAGAAUGAGGGUGUUAAAGAAUCAGGGAGAAGGACAAAGAGGUGGAGUAAUGGUGGCAAAAGCAAAGAAAAAUAAGUCAGGAGGCAUGCAAUCUCGGCGGAGUAAACGGCCAACUCUUCCUUCAAUGCCCAAGAUCGAAGAAGAUGAUAACCCACGUUUUGUUAUCUUUAUUCGGAUGGCUAAUGUUUAUGUAUGGUACCCAUUAAGCAUUGUAUCUGGUGGAUCAACCGCAAAAAUUAUUCUUGCUGCUAAAGAUACUUUUGUGGGAAAAUAUAUAUACAAGGAUACCCUAGCUAGGAAUCUUGGAGCUGUUAUUUACAAGGAUGAGAAAGAGAUCCAGAAGACAGCAAUUCAACAGCAUCGUGUGUUGCGAUCAGCUACAGAGUUCAGAUAUGGCUAUAAAAUAGUUGAAAAUGGUAAUAUGAAAGCUGCUAUUUCCCCAAAUGAUGUUGUUGAGCUCCCAAGACGAGAGGAGCUCAAACCGUGGUUGAUAAAGUAAAGGAUUUCUUCGGGAAUGCCAGAGAAUCAUUUGGGAAGCUUACAUCCUUAGAGACUCCAUCGUCCACAGAAGCAGAUGAUAAAUCCUAGCGACUAAAGAACAGAGUUUUCACAGUCUGAUAGGUCCUAGAGCUGAAGGAGGAUUGAGGCCUCUUGCUGAAGGAGAAUCAAGGCUUCUUGCCGCACUUGUUUUCUAACAACUCGAAAACUUCUUGCCAAUAGUCGACGACUCCAUGUUCUGCACAAUCUCUCCACCCCAUCUGCAGUCGACAUUUAUAUACAGAUCUUGCGUAUUCCUGUAAUUCAUGGUUAAAUAGAAUUUUGUCUAAAUUUCUCGGAAAAAUUGCAUGCAUAAUGUUCAUGGUUUAUUGUUUAAGGUGCAAGUAAGACACGUUUAGAAGCCAAGUGAAUUAGUGAAGAACAUGCCACUCCAUUAAGCUUUGCUUUAUAAUCUCUUGGCUAUAUUUUCUGAUUUACAUAAAAUUGUAUGGAUUUUUAUAUGAUGGCUGAUAAAAUGGGCUCUUUUCUAUUA